AUGAGUUUAUCAAGACUUAAUAACAAAAUGGGUGCGAAUAAUUUACACAACGUGUUUUACGUUCCUUUUAUUUCCCAGUACACCUUCUUUUCUUUAACAAAAUCCAUCUACAGUAAGAUUAUUCUCAUGUACACACACACACACACCUACAAAGCCAAGCAGAUACGCAUGUGGUUAACGAAAAAAAGGGAGUUUUCUCGAAAGAAAUUUAAAGAAGUCAUACACUCUGACAUAAUCAAGUCUGUGGAUUUACAUCAACAAUUGGAAACAUUAAUCGCGAUAAAAAUUGAGAUGUAA